AUGAAUGCACAACACAAAACCAUGACCACCAGCAUCAAGAUGCGUCUACGGCUCCAAAGGAGUCAUGGCCGAGCACAAAAGGAAGUCUGCACAGCUCAUCGGGUGUCGAUUCGCGAAACCAAAGCAAUGGCCGGUGCAACCGUCACCCUUGACGCACAUUCGGCACUGGCGAUCCUGCCGCCAGAUGAGCUGCUGACAGAGGUGCAGGCUGUGCGCCAGCAGCACGACAAGGCCUACGUCCGAUGGCCGCAGGCGCAUCUACGGGUUCUUUGGCCCUUCUUGCCCGUGAGGACGGCUCUCCCGCGGCUGGAGCAACUCAACGAGAAGCUGGCAGCCUUACCCGUCGAGCUCUCGGAGGUGCGUCUUCUGAACGGUUUGGCGCGCGCGCCAGUGGAUAGGGCGUAUGUUGGCGUCACGCCAUCCGAUGCCACGCGCCGUAUUUUGCUGGAUCUUGUGGAGAGCCUUCUCGAAGAUUUUCCGGAGUGCCGUGCUGCGGAUAGCGAAGAACCGGACUUCCACGUGACGCUGGGGCAGUUUCCACUGCGAGAGGCAGAGCGUGUCGUGACGAGCCACUGCGUGCCCCUGCCCCUUACCUGGCACUGCACAGCUUUGGCCUUCUGCGCCCGGGCUAACUCCGAAGAGCCUUUCCGGCUUGUCCAAAGCAUUCCGCUGAGGCCUUUCUACCCACCAGCGCGACGUCUGCCCAGCUAUUCGCUUCUUCCCUCGCAUGCCUGGUGUACAGUUGUCGAGGCGCUGCCGGUGGGAGAUGCGGCGCGAAUGACGAGGCUGCUCCAGCGGAAGGGCACGGCUUGGAAAGAAGACUGGUGGCACAAACUGAAUGAAGAGUACUUCAACGUGGAGACUCAGCGGUUACAAAAGCGACCCCCCGAGCUUUCUUUCUGCUCGCUGGCAGCUGCGGCGGCUGAAAGUGCAAGCCUGCGCUGCGUUGCGGCCGCUUCGGCCGUCUCUGGGAGCAAGGAGGCAGCCCCCAUCUUCGAGUGCAGGGUCGUGCGGGAGUUUGAAGCGCACUGCACAGUUCGCCAGGAGGUCCUGGCAAUGCCGUUCCAGACGGCCAGCUGUGUGCGGCACAGCGACUCACGCUUGCUGGCGGCGGGGGAAAUCAGCAGCAAAGAGAGUGGCCUGGCAAUCUGGAAUGUGGACGGCUUGAACGAGAAGCCUCGAUUUUGCAAGAUUCGGGGCCAUAUCCACAGCAUCGACCUCUGGCAAGACACCCUCCUUGUGCUUGGGAAAGGAGGCUCGCUUGCCUUGCACGACCUCUUGGAUCCUCGUGCCACGCCGACCUCCCUCGGCCGCAAGGGUGAUGGGGCCGCGCGGGACGCCCACUGGAUGGCUGGAGGGCGCGUGGUGGCGGCCUUCGCCCAGAAGGUCCGUGUGAUCGACCUGGAGGCUGACGGCGGUCAGAGCUGCGACAUUACCAGCACACUUUCGCGCCCGGUCAUUGCCCCGCUAGAUGCAGACCACGUGGCCCUAAGCGGGCAGUCCGGCUGUGUCAUUUGGGAUCUCAGAAAGUCCGCUUCAGCCAUGGAGGUUCCCUGGUCGUCCUCCUUCUCGUGCACGGCCAUCGCAGCCAGUGGGGCCAAUGGCCUUCUGAUAGGUGGCUGGGGUGCCGAUUGCAGCCCAGUGCACACUUUGGACCUGCGGAUGCCAACGGCCCGCGAGGCCAUCCUUCCGAUUCCUGGACACAAGCUGCGGGCAGACAAGGUGUUUGCAGGAAGCUCCUGCUUUUCCGCACAGUUUGAUGAUGGCAGCCUGGCCACUUGGCACACCGAGAGCCAUUCUUCGCUGGGCUGGUGGCGCAACUCCCACUGCUUGUCCCAACCCACCGUCGAGCACCGCAACUGGCACGGCCUGGCCGCCGCCGGCGCCGGGCGGCUGAGAGUGGCGAUGCCAGGCGUGAAAGCGACUCUUCAGAGGGGCCAUGCGAAGAAGGAAGUCAAGGCCGCCUUGAGUCAGGUGACAAGUCAAUCUCAAACCAUCGCACGUGUGGGUAGUGCUAAAGGCCUUCCGAACAUGAAAAGUUUUGCAGCUUUCGCGCUGUUGGCGGUGACGAGCCAGGCAAGCGAAGAUGCAGAGCGGGCUCGAAUUCUGUCCGAAAUCGACGCGCUCCGAGGCCAACUUCAGAAGCAGCGUACGAUCAUCCAGCAGCAGUUCGCCCAGCUCGCCAACCUUGAGGAAGACGAGGAGCGUCGCCUGCAGACCGUUGGCAACGUCACAGCGACUGCCUGGGCAACAGAGAAAGCCGCUCUUGAAGCGACUGACGGGAGCAUGGCGGCGGCCAUGGACACUCUUUGGCUCUGCUUGUGCGGAGCCUUAGUCAUGUUCAUGCAUGCCGGCUUUGCCAUGCUGGAGACCGGAUGCUGUCGUGCCAAGAAUGCAUCCAACGUUUUGAUGAAGAACUUGGUGAACGUAUGUGUUGGCACGAUUGGCUGGUGGGUGCUUGGCUAUGCCUUUGCUUAUGGCGGCGGCAUCAACCGGUUCAUUGGCACCACAAACUUCCUGGGAGAGGGUUUCUACACGAAGGAUGCGUCCGGAAAUAUUCUGGCCCCAGGUUGUGCCAACAACGCUUGCCAGAGCACGGCACUUGCAUGGUUUUUUCAGUGGGCAUUUUGCACAGCUGGAGCCACGAUCGUGAGCGGAGCCGUUGCUGAGCGCGUCCAGGGUCCAACAUAUGCCAGCUAUGCUUUCGUCAUGACCUCUUUGAUUUAUCCGGUGGUGGUGCAUUGGGGUUGGAGUGGCAGCGGCUUCCUUGGAGACAUCCUGGAUGUCGGCGUCAUGGAUUUCGCCGGCAGUGGCAUCGUGCACCUGACUGGCGGAGUCAGUGGCCUUGCAGGAACCAUAGUGUUGGGGCCACGCAAAGGGCGCUUUGUCAACCCAGAAGAGUUUGAGCCUCAUAACCUUCCACUGGUGGUCUUCGGAACGUUUGCACUGUGGUUUGGCUGGUAUGGAUUCAACCCGGGUUCAACCCUGGGCAUGUCCGACGGCGCAACCGGUGCACUGGCGGCCCAGGUGGCAAUGAACACCACAAUCGCUGCAGCCACGGGCGGCAUCACUGUCUUCCUCCUACGGUACAUCAUCCUUCGCAAGUAUGAUGUGGGCGGGCUCUGCAAUGGCAUCUUGGCAGGGCUUGUUUCAAUCACGGCACCGUGCGGUAACAUUGAAUGUGGCAGUGCAUUUGCCGUCGGCUUCAUCGGUGCCCUCGUCUACCAGGGAUCCUCCAUGCUCCUCCAGAAGCUGAAGAUUGACGACCCUGUGGAUGCAAGCCCAGUCCACGGCUUCUGCGGAAUCUGGGGCGUGCUAGCUGCUGGUCUCUUCGACUGGGGCAAGGGCUUCGAUCACUUCCACGGCUGGAGCGGCUGGGGUUGCAUGACGGAUGACAACGGUGCCUGCCAGACGGACAUCAACGGUUCAGCCCUCGGUGCGCAAGUCAUCCUGAUUCUCAUGGCAACACGGCCAGUGCCCACGUCAUCUCCGCAGCCGGCCCAGGGCCCAAAGCCAAGGCUUCGCACCAGCGAAGAUGUUUAUCACCGGCUCAUUCACGACAAGCGCUUUCGUGCUCCGAAGGUGAUGAUGGGCUACGAGGAUCGCUUCCUCGGCCCGCUGGAGGUGAAGCUGCUGGCCUUCCGGCCAGGUGGCGACAUACCCUACCACCGGGUCUACUAUUUCAGAGAGGAGGGGGAGGUGCUUUGGGACCGGCGAGCCCGUUUGGAUCGCGUCUUCGGAACUGGCGAGGCCAUGUCCCACGCAGCGGCAGCGCAGACCAAGGAAGCGAUCGGCCGGGCUAAGCAGACGAUGAUUAAGAUUGACAAGGGCCUUAUCAAGGUGCGCGGGAGCCAGACUGAGGAUCGAAAGGUCAAAGCAGAAGAGAUACCGGUCAUGAAGUACUUCCCGGAGGAGGAAGCCUGGCUGCCAUUCCCUGCAGCUGCCGCUGCCGUAGAAUUGACACAGCUCCGAGUCCUAACGUUCAAUGUCCUUUUCGAGCUGUUUGGGGACAUCGAGACACACAUGGAGGCAAGAUUGGUGCAGAUUUUCCGGGAGCUAUCGCAUUGUGGAGCGGACAUCAUGGCUUUGCAAGAGGUCACCCCGCCAUUCGCAGAGGCGCUUCUAUCGCAGCCGUGGGUGCGGGAGCAGUGCUGGUCCAGCGCAGGCGCAAAUUCCACAGCAGUUGACCCGUCGGGCCAGCUCAUCUUGUCCAGGGUCCCCAUGGAGUCAGCCUGUCUGGCGCGAAUCAGCCCUCACAAGACUGUUGUCCUGGCAUCCUUUCCCGUCGUGCUGGGUGAGAGCCGGGCUGUCACGAUGGCCAACCUCCAUCUGUCGGCAGAUUCGCAGAAGAAUCUGCAGCAGCCGUCCCGCCGCAGCCAACGCCAGGAGCAGCUGCGAGCUUGCGAGAACUUGCUCUUGGAAAGGUCAGGGCCCACUGACUUGACUUUGCUUCUGGGGGACUUCAACUCGGCCCCUGAGGUGGAGCCGGCCCAGUUCAGGACAAGUUUCGCAGAUGUUUGGUUGGAAGCCAAUCCCGACAUGCUGGGGCACACCUUCGAUCCCACACAGAAUGCUGUCGCGCGGCGUGUGGUUACGGCUGUGGGUGGUGCACCGGAUCCCCGGCGACUGGACCGGAUCUAUGUCCACUCCGACAGCGGGCCGUGGCAGUGUCGUGCCGAGCUGACGUUUACCCGGAGCUUUCCGCUCGUGGGCGGCCCUGGACAGCGAGGAGCUCCUGAGAGAUGGUUUGCUUCGGAUCACUUUGGUGUCUUGUGCUCCCUGCUGCCAAGUGCGAUGAAGAAGACCAGCCCCGCAGAUCCGGGCUGCAUUCUCGUCCGGGCGCCAGUGUCUCAGCUCUCCGCGGAGCUCUUGGGCGCUCUGACUCUGCACGACCGGCCGCGAUUGGAGGUCGUCCUCCUUGGCUCCUCAGCGCUGGGCAUUGCGGACGAGGGCAGCGACAUAGACGUACUAGCAUGUUCUGCGGAGCUCACCAGUUCCCAGUACUUUGCCAUGGCGCGACAGGAGCUAGAAGGCUUGGAGGUUCAGGAUCUGGAGUUGGCAGAAGACGCUGUGGUACCACUGCUGAAGUUCCGAGCCGAAGGCAAGGAGUUCGAGGUGCAGUUCUCAGAGCUCCGGGACGAGCACCUGCCACUGCUUCGCAGCAGCCACGCCGGGGGCUCCGAACAUGCCUGCGAGACUUUGCAGUCGCUGCUUUUCCAGCCUGGUUCCGUGCCACAGGUGGGACUUUCCGCAGCGUUGGACGCCUGGGUCCUCCUCCGAGCGGCCUUUGCUGCCGGGCGCGAGGAGGCCGUCGAGGCUUUCCGGACCUUGGCCAAGGAGGUGAAGCUGUGGGCGAGGCAGCGGCAACUGCUGGGCACGGCCUUUGGAUUCCCUGGCGGCUUCGCUUGGGCUCUGCUGGUGGUGAUGGAGGUGGUGCGGUGGUUUUCCGAAACGGAUGACAGGAGGCAGUCCGACUUGGCUACGCGCUUUUACAAUCGGCUCAGCCUUUGGGAGUGGCCGGCGGAGGGAGCGCAUCUGCAGCAAAAGGUGCUAUCGCCGGCCGCCCCGACACAGGAGCUGCCAGUGCUUUGGUGCCCUGCCGGUCCCAAGGAUCGGAACGCCCUUCGCAGCCUGACGCGCGGCACAGCUGGAAUCCUUCAGGCUCAGCUCCGGCGAGCAGCCCUGGAGGGAGCUGAGACGGUCGCGGGUGCAAUAGAUCUCCCGGAGUUCUUGAUUCUCAGCUUGGUGGAGGCCACCGAGGUUGCGCACUCACGACUCCAGAGGAAGGCUUUGUCAGUCCUCUUGGAGGCAGAGCGCUGUGCUGGACACGCGACGGUUUGGCCGUUGACAGAGAUUCACACCACCGUCCGUGGUGCUUCUUGCAUCGUGUUGGGCUGUUCCGGAUGGGCGCCUACGUACGGUGAGCAGCUGGCCCUUGUGUCGAGCUUGCGGAUCUCGCAGGGCAUCGAGUUGGAGGCGAAGUUGGUCUCGGCAAGCAGCCUCCGUGAGGAAGUCCGAUCGAAGCUGCCUUCCAGAACACGGCCUCCAAGAGUGACAGCUGGAGCCUGA